GGUUGCCGCCUACGAGUAUGCAUGUUUACAAUUUUCUACCGUAUUGUUCCAUUUCCGGUUUGUGAUUUGUUUUCCGCUUCGAAAUCAGCGAUCAUGGACAGGGUGGGUGAAACAUCCGUGAUAACUGCGUGAGUUGUGGAUACCAUUUCCCGUAAUUUGGAAUGGAUACGGAAUCACAUUAUCACAGAUCCGUAGUCUAGUCACAAUGGAGUUGAAAUGUGGAGUUGAAAUUUUUAGUUUUUAACUGGAUUUUUCCGCCAAGCAUUUCAUUUUCUGAUUUAACCCGUCAAAUUAAUAUUCUGUUUCUGGUGUUUGCAGUCCUUUCAACUUUUCCGUGUGGCUGUGUGUGAUUACGUAGUUGCUUGUAUUUACUGUAGAUUUUGUAUUUGUGACUGCAGUGCUGUAAAUUUUUUAGUACGUACUGUACUGAAAAGGUGAAUUUCUCAUACGGUGGUGUUUUAUUCGGUUGAAGAAAGAUUUAUCCAUACGAUGUGGCGGCACAAGUUUACUGGAUUGAUCGGCACAGCUUUCACGGGCUCAGCGUUUUCAUUGUUCGGUUUCCAAAGCCAGAGUGCGCCCCCGUUGGACGAUCUCAAGUUGCAGAGUAUUCAAGUGUUUUUCCGCCAUGGCGCCCGUACCCCUCUGCGCCCUAUCCCCUUCCUCCCCGGAGUGCAGUGGCCGAAGGAGCUCAUGGCGAACCCGCCGGCCUCUCCCGUGCAGUACGUCCUCACGGGGAUGGACGGCAAAGUCAUGACUCGCAGUCCCCACGAUGACAAACUGCAGAAGAUUGUUUUUCCAGGCGGUGCCAAAGCAGGUCAUCUGACCACGGUGGGGAAGCAGCAGAUGUUUGAUCUCGGCCGACGACUACGUAUGGAAUAUAUUGAAAAGCGCCGUUUAUUGAAUCCGGCCUACAGUGAAUCUCAGGUGUACGUGCGUUCGACUAAUAUCCUGCGCACCGUGGAAUCCGCGCAGUGGAUGGUUAGUGGGAUGUUUGAUGCAGCUGCAAAAGGCGCCAAGCCUGUGGUUAUUCAUACGGAUCUGGAUGAGGAGGAAAUUCUGUAUCCAAAUGUAAAUUUCUGCAUUGCUCUCAAGAAUGUCAAUAAGAGUUUCUACAAGUGGGUCGACGAUAUGCCCGGGUUGGAGAAGAGUCGUUUAGCACACACAAAGAUUUUAAAUUACACUCCGGAGAAGUAUGAUGGGAAAAAGCUGGAUUACCAGGAACUGCGCGAUGAAUUGAGUGCGAGAGAAGCUAAUGGGCUGUAUAUUCCCCCGGAAGCCAAGGAAAUGUGGAAUCAGAUCGACAGUCAUGCCAUCGAGAUGUUAAAACUGAUGGUGUCCGGUCCGGACGAAAAGAAGCGCAGUACUGUGCUGUCCUUAUCGUGCGGUGCUGUUCUGCACAUGGUGGCCGCCAACAUGGAUACGGCCGGCCAGGUUACUGAUUCGAAAAAGAUGUUUGUCUACUCCGCCCAUGAUUCUUUGAUGAUGGCGCUAUUGCUGACGCUGGGUUUCUUUGACGGACACUGGCCUCCGUUUGCCGCGGAUAUUGUCUUCGAAUUGUAUACGGACAAACAGGACAAGAAAUGGGUACGCAUACUGUUUAUGGGGCGGCCACAGAAGUUGGGGAAAGAGCAGGGGGAAAUUAUCUCAUAUGACAAGUUUAAGAAAUUGAUUGCACCGUUUUCAUUGUCCUACAAGAAAUAUCGCCGGGUGUGUGAUGUGCAGGAGGUGGAAGGAGGGGAAGUGAUGGAUGUGAUAGGGGGCAGGAAGAAGUGAUAUUAUGGUUGUGGUGGUACGAUUUACGACGGUGUUGGCCAGCCGGUUGCUGUUGAACUUAUGACGACUGACGAUAGAGUUUUAUCAUUGCCAUAAUUAUUGACUGAGAGCUGAUAUCGGUGAUAUGCACUCAUGUAUUGUUUUCGGUUAUACUAAUCUGUUUUUUUAGUGCGCUCGUGUUGCUAAUGCUUUUCUUCGAUUUAUGUCCUUGCAGUUAGCGACCGUUUUUCCUGUAUGUUUUGAAGGCUAUGCUGAGAAUUAUUAGACUACUA